GAAAUGGGAAUAUGUUAAAAGAGGAGUUGAAUUCCUCUUGCAAAUACGAUGCGCUUAUUUGAAGCUCUUUUUUCAACAGGCACAACACUACACAACAGUCAACAAAGAUAGAGUCACAACACUCGAGCUAGACGCAUGGAACUACCGAUCCCAAACAAGGUGAAGAAGCUAUGGGAUUCAUGGCAUCUUCGGGGGCUUAUCAUCUUAAGCCUUUUUCUCCAAUCUUUCUUGGUGUUGUUCGGUUGGCGCAGACAGAGAUCUAAAAGCACAUUCCUUCUCUUCUUUAUCUGGUCGGCUUACUUACUUGCAGAUUGGGUUGCUACCGUUGCCAUUGGCGCAAUCAUCAAAACACAAACUGACCUUUGUGAUCAGCCAAAGGGAGGUAUGGGAGAUGACCUCUUGGCAUUUUGGGCUUCGUUUCUGUUGCUUCAUCUUGGUGGCCCUGAUAGCAUUACUUCAUAUGCUCUUGAAGACAACGAGUUUUGGCUUAGACACUUUCUGGGACUCGUAUUGCAAGCCAUGGCUGCAGCUUAUAGUUUAUAUUUGACAAUUCCCACCAACAAGCUUUGGCUCCCUUCUGUUCUAGUCUUUGUGGUUGGAAUUUUCAAGUAUGGAGAAAGAACCUACGCUCUAUAUCUUCCAAGUUUCGACAGUUUUGGAUCCACUGCCAUGAGGGAUUCUUCAUUGACGAGAUCAGGAAAACCAAUGGUGCCAAUUAGCACUAUGCAACAACAAGCCUCCUCUACGACAAUUCUUAUUCCACCAGCUGAAGUUCUAAAGUUACCUGACUUAAAAAAUUUAAAUGACAUGCAACUACUAGAGGUAGCAUGCAAGCUCUUUGGACACUUCAAGGGACUAUUUGUUGAUAGAUUUCUAAGCUUGGAUGUUCGAUCAUCAUCCCGGAGUACCUUUUUGGAGGCCGAUCACACCAGUGCUUUCAAAGUGGUUGAGAACGAGCUAAGCAUCUUGUAUGAGGCUCUUCACACCAAAGUGAUUGUGGCCUGUCGAACACUUGGCUUCACGCUUCGUUUUAUAAGCUUCUGUGCCAUUUUGGGAGCUUCUUUACUCUUCUUGUUCACUGAAAAGCACGGUGAUGAUCUUGAUAAGUUUGACAUCAAGAUUACUUAUGCCUUGCUGAUUUGUGCCAUUGUUCUUGAUUUCAUGUCUUUUGUUCAGAUAGUUUCUUCAGAUUGGAGUCCUGGGGCCCUGAAAGGCACUUGGAGGAGAUAUAUUCCUUCGAUCAUAUUCAAAAGAAGAAGAUGGUCAGAGUCAAUCUCCCAAUAUAACAUGAUUAGUUAUUGCCUCGAUGAACGUCCUAUGUCAGUAUUUUACAACUUGGCUGGAUAUUGUCAUGCAAGGGAAAUUGCAGAAAAGAUUAAGAUUUCACUCUUUUCGUCGUCGGAGAAGGUCACUGACGAGUUAAAGAAGUUGGUUUUCAAUGAGCUAAGAACGAAAUCUGAAAAAAAAAGCAAUGCAGAGGAUGUACUAACGGCAUGUGUACACAGAGGUCAUUGCGCUCUCUCAUCUCCUCGCUGUAGCAACCUUCAAUGGAGUGUCAAGAUGUUUGAGUAUGAGGAAACUCUUCUUUUAUGGCAUUUAGCUACUGAGCUCUGCUAUCAUAAUAAGGAAACAAAAGACAAGGAGGCCAUUGCUAAAACUAAAGGAAUCUCCAAGGUUCUUUCAGAUUACAUGUUCUAUCUUUUGGUCAUGCAACCUUCAAUGUUAUCUCCCGUUCUGGGUAAUUGGAACGUUGUCUUCCAAGAUACAUGUGAAGAAGCCAAUAGAUUUUUCCAUAAGUUUGACAAGAUAUCACUAUCAUCAUCAUCAUCAUCUUAUCGUGGUGAUUAUUCAAAAGCCUGCGAGAAACUCCUGUCAGUGGAAACAAAAUCCGAUAAAUUAGCUGCUGCAGUGAAGCAAUUCAAAAGCAAAUCAGUGUUGUUCGAUUCAUGUUACCUUGCCAAAGAGCUCCAAAAAAUGGAGGACCAGUGGGAGGUAAUGGAUCGAAUGUGGGUGGAACUAAUGUGUUAUGCAGCAAUUAAUUGCUUACCAAUUGUCCAUGCUCAACAACCAAGCAAGGGUGGAGAGCUAUGGACCAUCACUUGGUUGUUAAUGAACCAUCUUGGUUUGGGACUUCAGUUUCUCUACAUGAACGAAUAAGAAUAUAAGAUUGGAGUACUUAUAGAAGGCACCUUCACAUUUUGGAGCCCCCUAAUAGAAUUAUAUUUAAGGUUCUAUAAUUUUUUUUUAAUUUAACUAUUUGUUUUUUAUUUUAACCCAACUUCUAGAAGUCCUUAGACUUGAGAUGAGAUGCCCUAUAUUUGGGCCAUGCCUGCCUGAUUUAUAUAAAGUGACAUACUUGAAGAUGUAAAUUGCAACUAAAACAUCAUAAUUAAUUAAUAUAUGUUAGUAUUGGGUGGAAAGUCACCACUGCCUCUAA